AUGGUAGUCUUUUACUUGUUCUUGAUCUCUAACCUCCAUAUGUUAUGCUCCUGUGGAGAUACGGAAGAAUGGCAUGAUGGACCUCAAGAGGUUAGCUCAAACACAAACCGCAUGUCCAGUUUUCGUACAAUAAACCUUGCUGAUCCCAGCCCCAAUGUUUGUAAAGUACUCGACUUAAUCUCUGAAUAUGGGCCUGUAAGAGUACAUGUUCCGGUAAAUGAACGAGUUGUAGGAAGGGUGAUUAACGAUCUUGAAACCGUAUGGAACUCAUCAGAGCAGGGUGAAGUAUGUCUAUACUGCAUAACAUUUCCCAAGGGUACCAACCAUUUAGUUGUUAUUAUCGCAAAAGAAACACCUCUAGGGUUAGAUCACCUUUAUUUCAAGAGAAAAGGAGGUGGCUGGAAGUCGUCCACAAAGGGGUAUAUAGACAAGAUACCGAAACUAAAGCACAAUAAGAACCCGAAUUAUACUACGACCCUGAACAUUUCUACCGAACUACAGCACUGUCAUAUUGUAAGGGAAAGUUUGCAUGGAGUAUCCGUAUCAUUAUACUUUUCCAGAGAAGACUACCAGAUUCAGAAGGUCGUCGAUGAUACCGAAACAAUAUGGCAGGCAGAGGACGAGAAGAAUGAAAAAUUAUUCAUAGCACAGUUUUAUUCCAGACAAAACGCCCCUCCAAUGCUAUUAAUUUGGAUCAUGAAAAGGUAUGUCAUGGAAAGGUUACACUACGUAAAGAAAAGACGUACGUGGGACAAGGUCCCUGCAGUUGUUUUUAAUGAAACAUUUGCUGAAAUGAAGAGGGUUUAG